CAUAAUAUUUUUUAUAUAUUCUAUAUUAGAUACAUAUUACUUAUUAAAUUUAAAUAUAUUUUUACUCUAUUUCUACUCCCAGAUUUGUCCAUAUCCGGCCAGUCGAUCUUUUGGUCAUUUGUUGAAAUGCCUUUGCAAUGAGCGUACGUAACGAAAGUCGCAUGUUUUCUGGUCAAAACAAAAAGUGGCAAGAGUAAACCGCAAGAAGUUGGCUAUUUGUUGUGCAAGGGUGUUUUUUGUGCUGCUGCUGCUUUGGAAACAGCGUUAUGCACUUAGGCACGACGACUAAACUCGACUCGAGUGCGUUCCAAAGAAAAUGUUGCCAAAUCAGCCGCAGAGCCCGGCAGCCGGGUAGCCGGGCAGCUGGGCAAAUGAGGCGUGGCCGUUGGCUGGGUGUCCGGUCACAUAAAAAGCGAACGCUGCUGGAGAGCCGCUCACCAGACAACGACAUUAAGGCGUGGCAACAACAGCAGCAGCAGCAGCAGCAGCAAGACCAGCAGCAGCUCAAAGCCUUUAAGGACAACUAAAACGGGGCAAGAGAUGGCGACAAAGCCAAGUCGAAUAUCCUGGCAACUGGUGUGUCUGGCAACGCUUGCGGCUUUCGCGGCGACGACAAGCUUGCCCUAUCCCUACAGGCAGGACAAUGCCAUGGUGAUAGGCGAGCCGUUGACUGGCAGCGACUUGGUCGAUUUUCACGCCCAUUUCGAUGACCUGCAGCCGGCCGAGUCGAAGAAGCACGAGGAGUACGGCGAGGAGGGUGAAUCGGAGUCGGGUGAGAAAAAGCACAGCGAGCAUUACAAGGAGCAUGGGGAGAAGAGCAAAAAGGGUCACAAGCAUGCCGAGCACCAUGAGAAGGGCGAGAAGGGCCACCACGACAAGGAGGGCAAGAAGGGCGAGCACGGCGAGGAGGAGGGCCACGAUAAGAAGCACAAGCACUCGGAGAGCCAUCACAAGAAGAAGAAGAAGGGCGAGAAGGGUGAAAAGGGCAGCGAGUUCGAGGAUCACGGCAGCUACAAGAAGGGACACUCCAUCAAGGGCAAGCACAACGUGCACAAAUUGAACGAGGACAAAAAGGAAAAGAAAUACUACGACGAGGAUCAUGUGGAGGGCGGCGAGGAGAAGCACGGCGGCUUCGAGGAGGGCAAAAAGCACAAAAAGGGCAGCAGCUAUAAAAAGGGCGAGCACAAAAAGGGCGGCCACGACGAGCACUAUGGCAAAAAGGGUCACAGCAAAAAGGGCCACAAGAAAAAGGGCCACCAGGGCCACAAGAAGAAGCACGAGGAGGCCAAGAAGUGGGGCCACAAAAAGGAGCACGGCAAAAAGGGCGGCGAGGAGCACAAAAAGAAGUGGCACAAGUCGCAAAAGAAGAGCAGCGAACACGAUCACGGACACUAGCGGAGCGAUGCUGCAACUUCAAAGUCUUUUCUAAUUCUUUUCCUUUUUUUCAUUAGUCGCAAUAAAACAUAC